ACAAUCCUCAAGGUCCUUGACCGGGCUGCCAACUUACCCCAUUCGCUGAAACCACACUGUAUUGACCUUGCGGCCACGGUUGUCGACAAUGACCACCCUCGGUGACGACCUCCUCCGGACCGUCAACAAGCUACAAGACCUUGUCUUCAACACCAUCGGCAAUGACUCUCUCGACCUCCCACAAAUAGUCGUCGUCGGUUCCCAGUCCUCCGGUAAAUCCUCCGUCCUCGAAAAUAUCGUUGGCAGGGACUUUCUACCUCGAGGUAGCGGUAUCGUUACACGCCGGCCGUUGAUCCUACAACUGAUCAACAUCCCUCCUGAUGACGAUAGUGGAAGCGAUGGCGACGAAUCGCGUAUCCCUCAUACUGCGGCCAGCGUGGAGGAACAUGCGGAAUGGGCAGAAUUCCAUCACCUACCUGGUCGCAAGUUCAGAGACUUCAACCAAGUGCGAGCAGAGAUCGAAAACGAAACGGCGAGGAUAGCUGGCAAUAACAAGGGAAUCAACAGACAACCCAUCAACCUCAAAAUUUUCUCCCCGCAUGUUCUCAACCUAACCCUGGUCGAUUUACCUGGCUUGACCAAAGUCCCAAUCGGUGAUCAACCUUCAGACAUCGAAAAGCAGACACGGACUCUGAUAUCGGAAUACAUUGCGAAACCAAACAGUAUCAUUCUUGCUGUGUCGCCUGCGAACGUUGACAUUGUGAACUCCGAGUCCCUCAAGCUAGCGCGAUAUGUAGAUCCUCUAGGAAGAAGGACAAUCGGCGUCCUAACAAAGUUGGAUCUGAUGGAUCAUGGAACAAACGCAAUGGAUAUUCUCUCGGGUCGCGUGUACCCUCUGAAGCUAGGCUUCAUCGGUGUUGUCAACCGAUCGCAGCAAGAUAUCCAGACAAACAAGCCCAUGUCAGAAGCUCUCAAAUCAGAGGCAGAGUUCUUCAGACAUCACCCUGCAUAUCGAAACAUGGCAACGAGAUGUGGGACACAAUACCUGGCGAAGACGCUUAACACGACACUCAUGGCCCACAUUCGCGACCGGUUACCAGAUAUCAAGGCCAGAUUGAACACCUUGAUGGGUCAGACACAACAAGAGUUGGCAAGUUAUGGCAGCAAACAGUUCAGCGGCCAGUCGCACCGUGGCUCACUGAUAUUGCAAUUGAUGACCCGAUUUGCGACCGCUUUCAUCUCCUCUAUCGACGGUACGUCGUCGGAAAUCUCGACCAAAGAGCUCUGCGGUGGUGCGCGGAUAUACUACAUCUUCAAUUCAGUCUUCGGAAACUCCUUAGAAACCAUCGACCCCACCCACAAUCUGUCCGUCCUCGAUAUCAGAACAGCUAUCCGCAACUCCACAGGACCACGACCAAGUCUGUUUGUUCCCGAGCUUGCCUUUGAUCUGCUGGUUAAGCCACAGAUCAAGCUGCUGGAAAUCCCCAGUCAACGUUGCGUUGAACUUGUCUACGAGGAGCUCAUCAAGAUAUGCCACACUUGCGGAUCGACGGAACUUUCCAGAUUUCCCAAACUCCAAGGUAAGCUCAUUGAAGUUGUGUCAGAUCUUCUCAGAGAGCGACUUGGACCUUGCUCGGGCUACGUCGAGUCUUUGAUCUCCAUUCAACGAGCGUACAUCAACACCAACCAUCCCAACUUCUUAGGAGCGGCAGCAGCCAUGUCGUCCGUCAUUGCGAGCAAGAACGAAAAGGACAAGAAGGCAGCACAGGCGGAAGAAAAGCGAAAACGAGAAAAGCGCAUGAAGCAGAUUGGCAUGAACGGCAACGCCACUCCAGAAGAUGAAGAAGCGGAACAAGACGAGAAGAGCACAUCACUGCCUGUCCGGAAACACCCAGCUGUACCGAGCAGGAGUAUGUCUCCCGCAAUGGCACGAGAUCGUGAAAACGGUAUGCCAAGUGCUGCGGGAGCUGCUAGCGGUGCUAAAGAUUCGUUCUUGAACUACUUCUUUAGCAAAGACAAUGGACAACUGGCCGGAGCCCCUUUCCUUGCGCCUUCGGGUGCUGCUGCACGACAUGUCAGCCAUAGUGUGGAACCGAGCUUUGCUCAAAGCAUGCGAAGACUCGAAAGGGGAAGCUUCACGGAACACCGUCAACCCGCGUUUCCCCCGCCGAUGACUGAUGAGUAUGCACAGUCAGAAUAUGGCGAGCCACCACUUUUCCCUGAGCAGAAUGCUGAGCCCGUCCUAACUGACCGCGAAGCACUUGAGACUGAGUUGAUCCGACGACUCAUCAGCUCGUACUUUAACAUCGUGCGAGAGACUAUCGCGGAUCAGGUUCCCAAAGCGGUCAUGCAUCUCCUCGUCAACCACAGCCGAGACGAAGUACAAAAUCGGCUGGUCAGUGAGCUGUACAAGGAGGAAUUGUUUGGCGAGCUGUUGUAUGAGGACGACGGCAUCAAGAAGGAGCGCGAAAAGUGCGAGAAGCUAUUGGCAACGUACAAAGAGGCUGCGCGGAUUGUGGGAGAGGUAUUGUAAGAAAAAGAGGAGAGUGCAAGUGGAAGCGGUUGCUACCAGCCCUGGAUGAAGAGCGUUUGAAAGAGUCUCCCUCCUCGAAUUAGACUCGACUCAUUAUCUGAAAGAAAGACCCGACUCUUGUGGAUAUCAUCUCUGGCCUCUGUAUGCACUAUGGUCCAUCCUUUCUGUACCGAGAUGCUCCUUGGGUGUCCCCUGUAGGCUUCAAAAGGGGGACUGGCUGUAUAAAUUGCAUGAAUGUACUAUCUUUUUGUGGUGUUCGGUCCUAGAUUCUUCUGUGGAUUUGAGAUGUCUACGUGCAGAUCUUCAUGUGCUUCAGCCUUAAAAAAAAUUGUCUAGUCAAC